AUGGACCGCCAAAGGAAGCGCCAGCUGCGAACGCUGAACGUCAAGUCGUGGGAUGGCGAGAAAGACCUCCUGCCUGUCGCCAACUCGCUCGAUUCGUCUUUGAAGAAGAACACCGCCUUCAUAAAACGGCUUCGGACUGCAAUAACCUCUGCCACCCUGGCCACCUUUUUGCAAGAGAUCCGAACUUUGAGCUUGCACAAGUACCUCUCUGAAAUAAUCGCCGCCUGCUAUGAAGGACUCUGUAGGCUCAAAACACCCGGGGAGAUUGAGGCAGGCGUUGAAAUCGUGAGUGCGCUCCAUCAGCGCUUUGGCCCAACCGAAUUCACCGAAUACCUAGCCUGGCUCCUGGGUAAAGGAAUGGCUACCCCCGACAAAAGUGCUCUAAAAUCCUUGGCCCCCGACGCCCGCGAGAAAGAAGAGAAGGAGAGAAUCAUCCGCCAGAGGGCCCUUCUGCGAGUCAUCACCGAGUUGUGGUUGGUUGGUGUUGUGAGAACCCUAGACGAUGCGACAAAACCCGAUGAUGCCACAAAAGGUGCCACUGCCUCUGGUAAGGUGGUCGAGCUGAAGACCCGAGUAAGCUCAAGCAGGACCGGUAGCGCUGAGCCAUUUCCCUUAGAGGUUUUGAAAGACCUUCUUGGGUACGACCGCGAACAUGCUAACUUGCCACUGCUCGUCAUAUUUGUCAAAGCAUUCAGCUGGGACAUUUUGGGUGUCAAGCCGGCGGGAUCUGAUGGUCGGAAAACGGUUGAAGAAGACGGUGCCACCAGAACCCAGACCGACGCCUUGCUCGAACGUGAUGAAGGUGCCGAAUCAUCUCAGGCAGUCGACCAGCAGCCAUUCACGCCGGCUGACAUAGCGGAACGAUUCAGAAAUAUUUUGAAAAAGUAUUUCGACGAUGUGGCUGCCCAUAUUAUUCGAGACCAGAAAUCGAUUCAGUCUCAAGCCCGACGAAAUGCCGAAGCCUACGUGAAGUCUGGCGAGGUGUUCGAGGACCGCCAGGCGAACUAUGAGAAGCAGCUCAAAGCUCAAGACCGCCUCGUAUCCAAUGCGCAGGUAAUUGCUGAUGCAAUUGGCGCUGAGAUGCCCGAACUGAAGGAGUCCGAAGAUGCGUUGGCUACUUCUAGUGGCUCUAUAGGCUUGGUCAAAACCAGUGAAUAUCUACGGACCAUGGGCGAAGGCGCAGGGAUAUGGGCGGAUGAGGAUGAGCGUCGAUUCUAUGAAAAUCUUGUCGAUCUCAAAGGCAAAGUGCCGCCGAUCCUUCUCGAAGAUGGCAAAAAGAAGAAGGCUGACGGCGAGGAACAAGUUGGCAAAAGAACUGAUGUCGUCACAGACACCUCUGAUGCUGGCAAAGCUGCCGCUGAGGCUGCUGAUGACCAAUCCACCGCGAUAGCGAAUAAAACAAUCGGGGCUCAGGUAGAUGCCUUGCUGGCACGCCUGCCGGAACUCACAAACAAGGAUAUUAUUGAUCAAACAGCCAUCGACUUUUGCUUUCUCAACUCCAAAGCCUCUCGUAAUCGCCUUGUGAAAGCCCUCACAGAAGUCCCUAAGGGGCGGAGUGAUUUGCUCCCUUCAUGGUCCCGACUGGUGGCUACUCUUGGCAGAUAUAUGCCUGAUGUGCCGAAGGGACUCGUCGACUACUUGGAUGCCGAAUUUCGCAGUCUGCAGCGGAGAAAGGAAAAGGACUUUUUGGGACAGGUACGACUCAGCAAUAUUCGGUAUCUAGCCGAACUGACGAAGUUUGGUGUCGUGCCUGAGCAUGUUGUGUUUCAUUGCCUCAAAGUCAGCCUUGACGACUUUUCGCGAAUGAAUAUCGAAAUUUUGUGCAACCUCAUUGAGAACUGCGGUAGAUAUCUGCUCAAAACCCCUGAUACUGCGCCACGGAUGGCAAGCUUUCUCGAAACUUUGCAGCGGAAAAAAGCCGUGCAGCACAUUGGCCAACCUGAACGCAUGCUCAUUGACAAUGCGGUGUACUACGUCGACCCCCCUGAACGGCCCGCCAUCGAACAGAAGGAACGGACCCCUAUGGAACUGUUUAUCAGGAAAUUGGUUUACAACGACAUGACGAAACGGAACUAUAGCAAAAUUUUGAAACAAAUUCGCCGGCUCCACUGGGAGGAAAAUGAGGUCGUGUUGAUUCUUGAAAAGGUCUUUUCAAAGCCAGGCAAGGUUAAAUAUGGAAACAUUCACUUGUUGGGUAUUCUCCUAAGUGCGCUCUAUCGCUACCACCCAGAGUUUGUGGUCAAGGUAAUCGACAAUGUCAUUGAGUCGGUCAGUUUUGGCUUAGAGCAAAACGAUUUCCGAUUCUUCCAGCGGCGGGUUGCAGAGGUAAAAUAUUUAGGAGAACUUUAUAACUAUAGAAUGUUGGAGCACCCCGUCAUAUUCGACACCAUGUACAAGAUUUUAACAUUUGGAUAUGGGGGUUUGCCAGUCCAGGGUCGAAUCAAUCCAUUUGACCCCGCGGACGACUUUUUCCGCAUCCGCCUUGUUGCGACGAUGUUGGAAACUUGCGGCAUGUUUUUUAACCGUGGAGCUGCUGGCAAGAAGCUGGAUUAUUUUCUGUCCUUCUUCCAGUACUACAUUCACACGAAAACCACGCUCCCAAUGGAUAUCGAGUUCGUCGUUCAAGAUAUUUUCUCACUCACCCGGCCUCAGUGGAAGCUUGCCAUCGGUCUUGAAGAGGCAACCAAGGCGCUUCAGCUUGCUAUAGUUCAAGAUCAAAAGACUGCAGGCAUUGACAAGGCUGCAGAGAUUGAUGAUGCCACCAGUGGAGCAUCAUCUGACGAAGACAACGUGGAUGUUGACGAUGUCGAGCAAGACGGCGAGGGUGAUGAAGAGAGUGCGUCAGAAGACGAGGAUAUUGAGGCAAGUUCAAAUACAAAUGAGGUUGCGGUGAUGACCUCGCCACUAACAGUCUGGGAACAGGAUGGAGAAGACGAGUCUGUCAAUGGCAGCGAUUUUAACGAAGAAUCAAUUGUGGUUACUCGCCAAGAGGAGGCUGUUGACCCCGAAGAUGAGGCUGAUUUCGAGAGAGAAUACGCUAAAAUGAUGGCUGAGAGCCUUGAGUCCCGCAAAUUUGAACGUAAACCUCUAUUUGACGUUCCUCUCCCUGUGAGACCAAAAGCCCGUGAAUCAUCCACAGUGGCGGGCCUUGAUCAAGAGCCGGCUGCUCCAAGUAAUAAGAUGGCCUUUUCACUCUUGACAAAGAAAGGCAACCGGCAACAGACUCGGACCGUUGAGCUGCCUUCUGAUUCAACCUUUGCUAUUGCCAUGAAAUCACAACAGCAAGCCGAAAAGGAGGAACAGCAGCGCAUUAAAAACUUAGUUCUCAACUACGAUCUCCAACAAAAUGAAGACCAAGAAGGAAGUGAGAAAGCGACAACAUUUUUUCACAAUCGCGUUGACCGCCUAGGUAAGGAUCGCGGUCAGAGGGUUAGAAAACUUCAGUUAAGCGAUGUCGACUGGUAA